CAGAGAUGGAAGCACCUGGUCAGGACCUCCACAGUCAGUGAGCAGUGCAAUCGCGAUUUUUUUGACGAUCGCAUCCAUUUAAUAUAACCUGCGGUCGUCGGAUUGCGGUCUGCCAAGGACUAUAUUUGUAUUUUUCGGCAUUUUAUAAUCAGGUGUGUUCAGAUAUCAUAAGAUGUUAGUAUGUAACUCAUCUUGAUUCUGCCUUUUAAUUGGCACAGGAGACUCGGAGCAGUCACACUGAUGAAGUGGAGCUAAUCUGACGAAUAGGCUUUCUUGUUUCAUAUUUGGGAAGCGGAAAGAAUGUCGGAAAGGGCCGAUUGUGACGUCAGAAAGGAGCAGCGCAGAGCGGCCAGGCAGCCAAAGCAGCAACAGCGGCACAUCCAGCAGGGAGAAGCCUCUACAGCAAUGGCGACUGUAGGGGAGCGCAGAUCUCUACCCAGUCCAGAAAUCGUGCUGGGACAGCCUUGGAGCGACUGGCUGGAUGUCGCGAAACUCCACGGGAACGACGGUGCGGAAUCGGAAGAAAGUUUGAAAGAGUUCGGGAAAAAUCGAGAAGCCAUGAGGCUCUGCAGAGACGACAUGCCCAUAUUUGGCCAAUACCCGGCGCAGGACGACUUCUUCCUGGUGAUGUGCAGCCACUGUGGUCAGGUGGUCAAGCCGCAGGCCUUCCAAGCACAUUAUGAGAGAAGACACAGCUCGGUCAGUAAACCUCCCUUAGUGCCCAUGACGACCUCCAUGGCCUAUCCGCUGUCUGGCCUGCCGAAGAGCGUCACGGGGAUGGGAUGGGGUGGCAGCGGACGCCCUGCCUCUGGGAACGGAGCCGCCCUGCCUCCACCUAAAGUCGUCAAGGUGGCCAAAGAGAAGAUGGCGGUGCAUAGGAGGCCCCCGUUUCCGUUUAAGGUGCUUCCUGACAAAACGUUGACUCCAGUCGCAAAAGUGGAGAAGCCAGAGCCAUCGCUGAAGCUCUCCCACAGCUCCACGUUGUCUGUCACUGUGAGCCCCCCCACGAAACUCAGCCUUAACUACUCCUCCAUACCAAAGGCGCCCCUGUCGUGCCCGGGCCCAGUGCUCAAUGGCCAGGGCCUUCAUGCAGAUAGGAAGCAGGACACUAACCGGAGACAGCUGCACAAGAGAGUACCUGCAGAGUUCAAUCCAGAUGUCCACUGUGGAGUCCUGGACAUAGUAGCACGAAAGCCAUGCACAAGGUCUCUCACAUGCAAGACACAUUCCUUAAGCCAGCGGAGGGCCGUGCCAGGCAGGAGGAAGCGGUUCGAUGCCCUGCUGGCCGAGCAUAAGAGCCAGGCCCGGGACCGGGAGCUACAGCGUGGCUCAGAGCUCCCCCAGCAGACGCCCCCCCUCAGGGACCCUCACCCCUCCCCCGCCCGGCCCGGCCUGGAGCACCACCCCGCUCCCCCGGGCACCGGCGAGCCCAAGACCCCCAACCCCAGUCUUCCGCGGCUGACCAGCGGCUCAUCACACACUGUCGGAAGCUCUCAGGGAGACCCCAGGCUGACCCAGUGCUCACCGCACCAGCCCACCUGCAUCGCUGACGGGGUGUCCCACCUCUCCAGUGACGAGGGCGAGAACGAGGAGCGGGAAGAGGGCUUGGAGAAACUGGACUGCCACUAUUCGGGUUACCACCCCCGGCCGGCAGCUUACUGCACCUUUGAUGGCCGACUGUUCGGGAGAGGCUGCUAUGUGUUCGGCCGACGAUGGGACCGAGUUCGGAGCACCUUCAGCACCAUGGUGGACAAACAUGUCAACUCCCACCUCUGGAAGAAAAUCCCCCCAGCCCCAGAGAGCUCACCAUCCACCACAGCGCACAGGACAAGCACAAGCUCCCUGCUGCAGUCCCACACCCCCUAUCCAGCCGCCAGCCUGUCCCCGCCCCUCUACGCACAGUCGCUCGACAACAAAUCCGUGCCGUCGUAUGGGACAGCCCUAACUGCCCGCACGCCUCCCCCAAGCGCCGCAGACCACCCCGCCCACAGUGCACCUCCUAGACAAGUGUCUUCGUCGCCCCAGAUGCCUUCGGUCUUCUCGACCGUGCCCGGACGGCCCCCCAAGCCCAGACCCAGCAGCAAGUCCCUCAGGUCCAAGGAGUCCUUGGGCAGCGGCUGUAACAGCACCGGUGGUGGGGGGGGCUCGGCCAAGAAGAGGAAGAACAGCUCGCCUCUGCCCUCGCACCCCCCCUACCCUGCGGAGCCAUCCCCCUCUUCCUCCUUCAAGAAGAACUGUGCCGUGACCUCGGGUGGUUCAGGGAGCGCCAUCCACCCGCCGCUUGGCUACUCCUCUUCCUCGCUCAGCGGCAUGCACGGUCUGGGGUUCAACAGUGCCCCCAGCAGGAUGAACUCUCUUGGUCUCAAGCAGGAGCAGCCUGGCAGGGUCCCGACAUCGGGAAGCCCCGCCGAGUCCAUUAAGCGCAUGAGCGUGGUGAUGAACAGCAGUGACUCCACCCUCUCCCUUGGGCCCUUCGUCCACCAAGGGGCCUCGGAGCAGCAGACAGGCUUCAGCCACACGCAUGGCGUCGCUGACGGCCAGCCGGAGGGUAGGAAGCGGAAGGGCCCCCCCAGCGUUGGUGGUAUCCACAGCGGCCCAGGGAGACCCAAGGUGGCCAAGUCGCUGUCCAUCAACAACAUCCAUGGCAAACAUGGCCGUGGUAUCCCAGGGACGCAGGGCCUGACGAACAGCUCACUCAUACAACAGCCGAAGGCACGUCCCUGACGAAGGGCCUCGCUUCCUGCCUGGCCGAACCCGAUGAUGUAAGCAGGACGGUGCCAGCUUCCGCACUCUGAACUGCGCAGGGCCUUUUUACCUGUUAAUUUCAGCUUCCCAUGAUCCUCAGGGGUGGAGAGAAACUGGACAGUCACUGGUAUCCUGUUCGGAGCGGCGCCCCCUGCUGCCGAUGAGGUCAGGCCUUUGCAGUGCUGCAUUAGAAGCCAGCCGUGAGUUGUCCCUGUGCCCAUUCAAUGUUCGACUUAAGGUACAGAUAAGGGCUGCCUCUCGCAGUGAUGUGCCUACAUCCAAGCACUAGGGGGCGACUCGGUCGUGGAUGGAGGUGCACUGUUUGUGCAUUCGUCAGGUCAGACUCUGCUUAACUACUGCGACUAAAACCCCAGACUGCCUAAAAUAAAGCCUCACGAUGGGUGCAGUUCCAGAAUGGGCACAAGCUACUAUUAUUCCCCAUACACUGGUUCAUCUUAAAAAGAGAUUUUUUUCCCCAUAGCAGCACGAUGCUGGUCAGUUUGAUGUGUGACACAGGGGACAGUCUGGAUGCUCUGAGGGAUGCAGGUUGAUGCUGAGGGGUGCCUACAUCCUGCUUUUUUUUCAGGAUUCCUGUCCUGACGUGUUGAUCCAUUGAAAUGUGUUUUUGGUUGAAACUUUCAUCACUGGUUUAUGCAAGGGAGGUUACUGAGUGCCGCCAGUUCUCUGCGUUUAGUUUACACUAUGCCUGUCCCUGUGAAGAAGAAAGCCCGCGUAAAGAGGGGGAGAGAAGCACGUCAGCCUUAAGUAAUCGAGAGCAUCUCCUGAUAUGCUGGACAGGAGGUCUUACCUGCUUGACAGGUCAAUCUCGCAGGAUGAAAGCCUGGGCUUGUUUCCACUUGGACUUCAUCACAGCAUGUACUUGAUACCGAUUACCUUACACAGAAUCUUGAGAUUUACCUAAUUUCUCUUCUCUGUUCAUUAGGCUCUGUGACUAGUUUUAACACAGGUUGUUCAAAUUAAUUGCAGAGUCCUUGUUCAGUAAUUCUGAAAUUUUCGAAACAUGGGAUAAACAUACAGAGAGACUGGAGAUCAACUUCGACGUGACAAAAUAUUCUCCCAGCGCCACCAACCAGUCAACUGAGAGACUCCCUAUACUGUGAAUAGUAUUGAUCUAAAGCAAAAUGCCACUAUAUGUACAUAGAUAAUGCCCCUCCCGGCCCCCAAAGAGUGGCACUGUGUGAAGCGUGCGGGCAGGUAUUUACUGCUGUCAUUUAUUUCCUGUGAGCAUCUCUCCUAAAGCCUUCGUCACCAGACGAGUUCUCUGAAAUCUUCGUACCUGCCACAGGCAGGUUCUCACAUCACUGGUGUGCAGUGCUUUGCAUUCUGGGUAUUUUUGGUUUGCGUCUGAGAGCCGUGGGUUGAAAAGGGUUCCAUGUACCGAUGGCAUAAUAUUAUAACGCUUAUUCCUGACCCUAUCGAUGGCAGUAGCCACAAGAAGUGUUUUGUAUGUUUGUUUUUUUUCUUGUAUUAUACAAAUAUUGAAGUAUCCCUAUUUCAGAAUACGUAUUUUGUUAAGUGUACAUAUUUAAAUAUGUAUUUUUGCACAGGUGUUUUUCCUACAUUCGAUUUUGGUACAAUUUUGAGAUCAUCAUUAUUUAUUUACUAAAUGAUUAAUUAAAAUAAGACUUUUAUUA